AUGGAAGCCUUCUCCGCAAAUCUGAACUAUUUACUUGCUGGCGGCAGUUGCGAUCCUUACAAACUUCCUCGUGGCAGCCCGAUCAUCUCACAUCUUUUAUAUGCAGACGAUAUGUUAGUCUUCCUCAACAGUGUCCAAUCCUCUCUCAGUGCAGCCAAAAAUUUUCUGCAGCUAUUUCAAUCAGCGACGGGUCUUAAGAAAAACAAUAGGAAAAACAACUUUUUAUUCUCUAAACACAUUCGAGCGAGCAGAAUCAGAGCCUCGGAGCGCAUCUUGGGCUUUAGUAAAGCAGGAAAUGACAUUCAGUACUUGGGAGCCCCUCUUUCAAAAGCCAGGACAAAAGUUGCUGACUUUCAGUUUAUCAUCGACAAGGUCAACAGGAGAGUUAAUGGUUGGUCAGCUAGCCAUGUUUCCCAAGCUGGCAGAGCAACUCUGAUUCGCCGCGUUUUGGAAAGUUUCUCAAUUCAUGUAAUGGCUGCAAUGCAUAUUCCCUGUCAGGUGAUAGAUUGUCUUGAAAGUCACUUCGCCAGUUUUUUUUGGGGCUGGGUUGAUGGUAAAUGGAAAUUACAUUGGAUAGCUUGGAAGAAAAUUGUAAAGCCGGUGGAUGAAGGAGAGCUAAGUAUUAGAAGUUUGAAGGAGGUUAUGGCUGCCCUGCGUCUGAAGCUGACAUGGGCAGUUAAAUUUGGAGAAAACAGUGGGUCGUGGGUAUCUCUCAUGAGGGCUAAACACCACAGGGAUCUCACUGCUGAAAUCCAUGCAUCAUCGCAGAAAAUUACAUCCCCCUUCCGGAGAAAAAUCAGAACUUUUCUCCCUGUUUUGACAGAAAAUGUUCAGUGGCAGGUCGGUCGGGGUGAGCUCAAUCUUUGGGCAUAUAAUUGGACGGGAAUGGGCCCCCUUCAGUAA